AUGGCAAAUAUUUUGAAGCUUAUCAGGGAAAACUUGAAGACAGCUCGGGACAGGCAGAAGAGUUACACUGAUAAGCGAAGGAGAGAUUUAGAAUUUGAGGUUGGAUACCAAGUAUUCCUUCGAUUAUCCCCAUGUAAAGAAGUACUCAGGUUUGGAAGAAAAGGGAAACUGAGUCCCUGCUACAUCGGACAUUAUGAGAUUAUAGAACGAGUUGGCCCGGUAGCGUAUAAGUUACAGUUACAUCCAGAGCUAACAUGUAUUCACAACGUGUUCCAUGUAUCGACGUUGAGGAAGUAUAUACCUGAUCCUAUGCACGUACUGGUAGAACAACCGAUUCAGCUCAAGGAAAAUUUAUCGUAUGAAGAAGAGACGGUUCAGAUCUUAGACAGUAAAGAACAGAUGCUUAGGAACAAAAUUAUACCUUUAGUGAAGGUAUUAUGGAACAACCAUGGAGCUGGAGAAGUGACGUGGGAAUCUGAGGAGCAAGUAAAGAAGAAGUAUCCUCAACUUUUUCACUUAUUUAUACAAGUAAAUUUUGAGGACGAAAUUUCUUUUAAGGGGUGGUAG